CAGUAGCUUGAGCUUCCUGCUAUAUUGUGAUCUCCUCUCGAGCUUCCUCUGCUCAUUUCCGAAUAAGCAUGGGGAAGAAUAGCGAGAACUGCGAGCAAAUAAUGCGCUGAUGAGGAAAAUGUUGAAUCCACUGUAAAAUGUUAGUUCUCACAACCGUGACGUAAACAGUUUUGCAUAAUGAGCCUAUAGCAUUUAAUUAAUGGACUAUGGAGAACUUAAGCCAAUUUGGUCAAUAAUGGAAUCAAUCCAUCAGUCUUUUUUCCUGAGUGGAAUCAGCUGACAGAGAGGAAGACAUGAGCGGAAACUGAUCAAGUCGAAGAAGAUGUUUCAUUAAAUAUUUACCUCAAACACUGCCCACUUUCAGCAUCACUUUCGGCCAAACCAGGAUCUUAAUGUUCAGGUUUUCAAGAAUUUGGACAUUUUAUGACAGUCAGAAUAACCUGAGAUUUCAUUUACUGUAUCUGCCAUAACACCACAAGAGCCAUAAUGCGUAUCAGUUUUUGCCAGGCUCUGUUAACUGGAGCAAUCAUUUUAAACUUGCUCAUCUUGUAUUACGUCUCACGGGCCCAGCAGCAAAUGAUGGAGAAGCGUCGAGAGCAAGGUAAAGGCUUAAAGAAAGCCUCUCUUCCUGUGCCAGGGCUAGGAGCAAUGGGUAACCUUGUAGGUGGAAGCAUGGUUGGAGGUGUUAAAUUAGGAGGUCUUGAGGGAAACAUGCGUGGUCCACGCGUCACGAUCCUGGUUCGUGAAUUUGAAGACUUUGAAAACUAUGUUGGUGAUGUUGCACGCUCCUUUCUGCGCCAGAGACCAGAAUUACCAUUCCUCGCAGUUGCUGAAAAUCCGCCGUACCCUCCUUUGGCUCUUCCAGAGGGAGCACGGCUCCUGGUGUUGUCCCCAAGUCCUGACCAGCCUCCACAAACUAACCGUCCCGAGUUCAACGUGCAGACAGAGUUUUCUUUGUUAGUUCCUGAUGGUGUGGAGCUGGACCACGGCCGACAGGUUGAGCGUCUCAUUCGAGAGCUGGAAGGGGAAGGUGGUGGGCCGGUCCGACUGGUUGCUGCACCAGUGCUGACCCGCUCUUCAGUGCAGUGCCUGCAUCUUCGGGUUAAUCUGCGGGAAUGGACUGCCACUUACAGCCCUGCUGCCUCAGGGAGCAGCGGUAGCGUCUGCACAGCUCUGCAGGGAGACGCUAUUGUUCUUAUUCGCACUGAGGACCUCUUUAAUCUCUCGGUUCCAUUAGGGCGCCCCCUGAUGUCUUCCUUGUUUGUCCAAACUUCUCUUCGAGGCUGGAAGGUCAAACUCCUGGAGGGACCUUCAUUUUCAGCCAGCCAUCGGCCUCUGUUUAGCUCUGCACACAACCAGUGGAAAGCUGAUACUCGCCUGAAAGACGCCACUAAUCACCUCAUGCGCAGCUUCGGCCUGAAGCGCCUGAUCUUGCCAGAUGGUCGAGAUCAGUGGUUUGGCUGCAGUAAAGAGACUGCAAGAUGUUUCGGGACAGUUCGAGAUGACACACCGGAAUAUCUUUACAUUGAGCGCUGGACUCCACCUUGCUGCUUGCGUGCCCUCCGAGAGACCACUAAAUAUGUGAUCAACAUCCUUGAAAGCUCUGGUGUGCGCUACUGGCUGGAAGGGGGCUCCCUAUUGGGAGCUGCCCGGCAUCAGGAUAUAAUCCCAUGGGACUAUGAUGUGGACUUGGGCAUCUACUUGGACGAUGUUCCAAAUUGCGACUAUCUAAAGAAUCUUGACUCUGGUUCUCUGGUUGAUGCUAAUGGCUACGUGUGGGAGCGAGCUGUUGAAGGCGACUUCUACCGUGUUCAGUAUAGCGAAGCCAACCAUUUGCAUGUUGAUUUAUGGCCAUUUUAUCCCCGUAAUGGAGUUAUGACCAGGGACACUUGGACUGAGCACAAACAAGACGUGGAGUUUCCAGAACAUUUCCUGCAACCCCUGGUGCCAAUGCCAUUUGCUGGCAUCACUACUUAUGGUCCGAACAACCAUCGUGCCUUCUUGGAACUCAAGUUUGGGGAAGGGGUCAUUGAGAACCCCCAGUACCCAAACCCUGCCAAGAAAAGACUAGACAGGAGUCGCACAUUUGGAUCAUAGCAAUGAGGAAGUCCAUGUGCCGGAAUGGAUUGCUGACAUUUGAAAAUGUUUUGACAUUUUAAACUUUGUAGAGUAUCAAUACUACACUUAAGGUCUCAGACCAUAUCUGAAUACUUGAAUGUUAGUAUUUUUAGCCAAAUUUAUUUAUUGUGUGUGCAUUGUUUGGGGAGUCAUACAUCUCUAAAUAUACUGUGUGUAAAAGUACAGAUAGUCAGAGUAUGUACUUUUCUACACUGGUAUAUCCCAGACAUGUCACAAUGAUUAAAAAAGGGUCAUAUCUUUUUAUAUUUCCAUGUCUGUAGCAGUUAAACACUAGCAAAACAUAACAUUUUUGUAAAUAAAUGAAGAACACAACUUUUACAAACCAGCAUCACUAACUGUAUUAUCUCAUCUCUUAAGAGUGGGAAUGUCAAAUCAUUUGAUGUGUGUAAUAAGCAAAGCAGAGAGCUUAUUAAAACAUUGAAAGAACUCUACUGAUUUCAACUUAAUGGCCAUUAUAAUACCUCCAAGGACUUCCCAGCUAGGUUUAUUUGUGUUUAAAAGCAGUCUAAUAGACCUGUCUAUGUUUAGACGUCUAUUAAACAGAAAAAUGCUUGGUGGUUUUGUUGGAUAUUUUCAACGAUAUAUAUUGUGACAUGAGGGUACGCUGAUGUUGAAAGAGGCUGAAAUGCCCUUUUGAAAAUGUUUUAUUUUAUCCUGAGGAGAUGGUUCUAACUGAACAAAUGUGCAAAUGCCAUUGAAAAGAACCUACUGUUUUAUGCACAUACUCACUUUAUUAAUUAUAUUUUGCACCAACUAAUAAUUUUGACUGAAUGCUCUCAAUGACUGAAUGUUGGACAUGUUUUUUUAUUGUUUUGAUUUCAUAAAAAAUAUAUAUAUUGCAUGAUCGUAACUUUGUACUUGUGUGGUUUAAAUGUUUGCUUUGACUGUCAAACUGAGUUCAGCUUUUUUAUUUAAAAAUAUUAUUUUAGCACCCUGUGUUUCAUGAAUGUUGUUUGUAUGUGUUAAGUACAAUACACUAUGUAAAUACAUAAUGACCAGCUAACAGUUCAAUGAUUUAGAAAUAACAAACAACAUAGAAUAUGAAAAACCAGACAUGUUUGUACCACUUGUUCUGCUUUAACAUGCUGAUGUAUUUUAAAUAUUUGGAAAUAAAACAUAAUAAACAUCA